UUAAUUAACAGACUGUAUAAUGCUGAUAAUAUAUUGCAUUAUAUACAAAUUAUCAAUAUAUAUGUAUAUACAAUACUAUGUAGCAACUUAACACGCAUUUUCAUUUUCAGGUUAGCUGCGGAUCGAUUUAAUGUAUGCAGACGAACGGCUUGGAAAAUACUGCAUGAAUUUUCGUCUGCGCUUUUGGACUUAAAUAAAAGUGAAGGCAUACUUUCUUGGCCAAACCAAGAGAAGGCUUUUAAAACAAGCGAUUAUUAUACGAAAAAGUUUGGUUUUCCUGGAGUGAUUGGAGUUGUAGAUGGUAAACAUAUGGCUAUUAAAGCCCCCAGGAAUGAUCAUUCAUCCUAUUAUAAUAGGAAACAAUUUUAUUCUGUCAUCCUCCAGGCUGUAUGCAACGAGAAGUUGCUAUUCACAGAUUGUUACGUAGGAGAGGCAGGAUCAGUUCACGAUGCCUGUGUCUAUCGUCGAUCCACAUUAUCUAAAAGAAUUGAUGAAGGUGUAGGAUUUCCGAUAGAUACUCACCUCCUUGGUGAUGCAGCCUACCCCUUAAACAAAUACUUAUUAACACCAUACCGAGACAAUGGCCAUUUAACUGAAAUUCAGUCAUACUUUAAUACUAAGCUUUCCAAAUGCAGAAGCUCAAUUGAAAGAACAUUUGGGUUGUUUGUUGGUCGGUUCAGACGCUUCAAACUUCUCGACAUGCAUCGAUUGGACUUAAUGGUAAUGCUCAUUAUGGCAGGAUGCAUUCUCCACAACUUUUCUAUUUUAGAAGGAGAUGAACUUAAUAUUGAAGAGGAAAGAUUAGUUGGAGUGCCAGUAGAAAUUGAAAAUGUCCAAGCAAGAAGAGAGGCACAAAAUAAGCGUAAUGAUUUGGCUAACACUCUUUUUGCAAGGCGAAUACAGCAUUAAUUUAAUAACAUAAAUGCUAAAAAUGUAUUAAUUUUUUAAAUAAUAAAUUCAUUAUUUUAUAUCACUUCUUGUGUUUAUAUGAAGUGUUUGUUGCCCGAACAAAAAUCUUUCAUGAAAGUGUUAUCCGAUCAAUCACUGUAUAACUUUUUGUAUGUAUUGAUAUAUGUGUUAUAUAACUUUCUGUAAUAUAUAUCUUUUCUGUAUAUAACUUUUUGUAUAUAUAUAUCAAAUAUUAAGUAAUU